UUAUAAAACCCGUACUGAUUUUAAGAAAAAAUUAAUAAAGAACUAUAUCGCUGUAUGUUUUCAAAAAAAAAAACAGCUGAUGAAUCUCCAUUGGGGUGACACCUUCUGCUGAGUCCAAGUCACAUUGACCAACCGUCUGCACAGGGUUCCAUACUUUAAAAUCACAGCCAUUCAAUGCUAAGGCUUCCCACCAAAACAGAACUGUAGAGGAGAGUCUACUGAACAAGCCAGUACCGCAUAUCAAUACUGCCAUAUGUUGAGGAGUUACGAAGGUGGAGGCAUUACAUUUCAUUCAACCCUUGUAUAUGAAAGGAUACUAGAUUUAUUCCAGAAAGAACCACAUAAAGAUGAAACUCCAAUUUUAGAAAGUGAUAUUGAAGCAGCAAGUUAUGCUGGGUCUGGGAACUCAUCUAUCCCUGCAGGAAAUGAAAUCCUUACUGGAAUUCUCAGUCCAUUUAUAAAUCUGUCCACAAAAGCUCAUGCAAAAAUAAAAACCUAUUUAAUCUUAAAGGUGCUCCUACACUCUUUUUAUUUUUUUCCCUGUGUUCCAUCCUCCUUUUUUUGUUUGCUUCGGUUAUUGAUUUCCUUGUUCUAUGUUCUGUCCUCUCUUUUUUUCUCAGCAAUAAUGCACAGCGGUUUUGUCUAUGAGCCAGCACAAUACUUAGGAGUCCCUUAAGGGAAGAAAUGGAACAGAAUGCCUUGUUUUGUAAAGUGAGAACUAAGCAAAAAAAAAAAAAAAAGAUUAAGUACCACAGGAGGAGAAAAGCAAUAGGUGGGGAAAGAAAUGAAGAUAACCGUGAAGGAGAAAGAGCACAGCAGCCUCAUCUCAUCGGGAAAGCCAAAAGAAGGAACUGGAAAAGUGACGGAAGGCCAGUACUUACAGACCCUAAAAAGAGACCUGCAUUAUGAGCAAUGCAUACUAUGAGAAAAUUGAUGGCCAUUCCUCUGCUUCUCUGGAUCCACCCCCCUACUCUGAAGAAGAACCUCCUCCACUGGGACCUUAUGCCGAGACACUGCCCACGCUGGGCUAUGAAGCCAUCCCUGCAAUGCCACCUGAAUACCAGCCUUGUUAUGGUUUACCCAGAGAAGGAUGCAAUCCUGGUGCAGUCCUCUAUCCAUCACGGGCCAUCUUCGUCGCAACUGCCCUUCCACCCAGCGUGCCUGAUUACUUGGGCUACUCCAUCUUUAAUAUGGUUUGUUGUUUUCUACCCUUGGGUAUUGCUGCCUUCGUUUGCUCUAUAAUGACCCGAAUAGCCAAUCACAGUGGGGAUGGCACAACUGCUCAGCGAAACUCCAGGAUGGCACUCAUUCUGGCCAACACAGCAUUCGGUGUCGGGCUGGCCCUCUGGAUUAUAUUGCUCACAAUAUUUCUAUGGUGAUCCUUGCUAACUAGGCAACCAGACUUCACAAACAAAAUGAACUCAACUACGCAUUCAUGAUGUUCUGAGGCUAAGAAAACUCCCCAUGUCACACCUAGCUUCAUUUCCUUCUUUUGGCAUCACACCAUGAAAAGA